AUGGCCACCGAUCCACCGGGCCAGUCCGGGUCGAACAUGCUUCGACGUAUGUUCGUCGUUCUGCCGCUGUGCGGUGUUUUAGCGAUUUGUAGCUGCACGAUUAUCCGUCAGGGAUCGUACGUCGGUGUCAGACGACAGAUCGAUUGCAGGGAAAAUGUCAAUUCCACUGCUUGCGGAGCGAAAACAGGGGAGAUCGGUACGGGACGCGAUCCGGUGACGGUCAGAGAAGCGAGGACGAUCGAGGGUGCGGUGUCUGGGGAAAGUGGCGACGGAGGGGUGGAAGAGGUGAGCUCACGGAAGAAGAAGGGCAAAGGAUACGGGAAGUUGUUGAUGUACUUCCUGGGAGCAGGAAAGCUCACGAUGCUGUACGUGAUCAUCAAUACUGUCGCCGCGAUCGCUGGAAAGGCUCUGGUCGUUGGUAAAGUCGCGCUCGCGAUCGCCACUGCGCUUGCGUUGAAAAAAUCAUCUGAACACAAAGAGAAAGUGUCGUACGAGAUAAUCAAGCAUCCACAUCACACGUACGAACACACGCACAGCUCCAGCCUCGACUACGAUCAUGGAAGCUUCGGGGAGAAUGAUUUUGGUUACCGGAAGCGACGUGAAAAUUACCGGUAG